AUGAGUCAUCCCGGCUGGGUGAUGGUCUCAUUCCUCACCGAACUUUUAUCUCAAUCAUCCAAAGGAAUCGCCCAAUCACUGGAUAAUUGUGCGAAUGACACCGAAAUUAUCAAUGCAUUGCUCAAGGAUAGCUAUAAUAAGCACUACAUCCCAUCUCAUCCCACACACGUCCGCGUCGAUAUGUGGGUCCAGGAAGUGACAUCUGUUUCAGAACUAACACAAGAUUUUGAAAUUGACCUCUACAUCAACGAAUUCUGGGAAGAUCCGGCGCUUGUCUACGAGGAUAUGAAUCCGUGUAAAAGGAAUAUCUCAUUCGACGAUAAGGUUUUGCAGAGGCUUUGGAUUCCGAACACUUGUUUUAUCAACUCGAAAAAUGCAGCGAUUCAUGAGUCACCGUUUCGAAACGUCUUCCUAAUGGUAUUCUCGAAUGGAACCCUUUGGACAAACUAUCGAAUGAAACUGACUGGUCCUUGUGAUAUGAAGUUGAAGAGAUUUCCGUUUGAUAAGCAGAAAUGUUAUCUCACUUUUGAGUCGUGA